UUUAAGGCUGCCACGUGCGCGACGGCCAAUCACAAGAGCCGACGAUACAUGGGAGGGUUGAAGCCUCAGAUGGCUUUAUUAACCGAGCAAGGCGUUGAGAAGACCAGUUCUUCACGCUACAUUGUUAACAACGAGACUGCUACUGGUGCUUACUGGCAUGAAGGCAACGCAGUGGACAAACUCUUCGGCAAACAGCAUGUAGACAGCCGAAGAAGUUGACGACUCUCUCUGCUGCUAGGGACGCCAACCCAUCAGCUGAUUGCUGGUAAACAGACCGGUCCUCGACAAUCAAGACAAAAAAUACACAAAGUUACCACGCGCAAGUAUUUACACAGGCUGGCAAGUUUAGCAAAGGGCCAGGAGGCGCUCAUUUAAAUCUUAUAAAAAUUUCAUAAGAAGAGUUAUUCUGACAACGGGAAUGUGCACGUGGUAAUAGCAUUAGUUUUGGUAUCGAAGGUAUUUUCACUGCGAGCAGCUUUCAUAUAUUAACCCAGCAUGUUGAUACUAGCGCUGCCAGCAGCCGUGCUGGUGUUUUUUAUGACUGGUGGCUGCUUCUCCAUCAAAGCGGUUGUGGCACAAGUAGAAAGGCACGUUAUUCGAACUGCCGAUCAGAUCGACCAGCCAAACCUGAGGGCUGAUAUCAUUAAAGCUAUGGAGAACGUACAAAUACGGCAACGUGCUAGGGAGCCGGUGACCCCCGGGAUAUUGGAGGGGGGUUCACGCGGGGGUACCACAUCGCGACAGACUAACUGGUAUGAGGAAUCUUUUAGACAGACCCGCGCUGGUUUCGGCACAGUGGGUCAACAUCGACAUCGUCACAGACACGGCGCACGCAGCAGGCAGCACGGGACCGAGGGCGCGUACAAUGGCACGGCCUCAGCUCGCGCUAGGACCCGGCCGGGGAGGCCUACGUUCUUAAACUGCCCCCACUGUAUUCUAAGAGAGGAGGCUAAAAGAUUUCGCAUAGAAGCCAUAAAAAAUCAGAUUUUGAGCAAGCUUAGGUUAAAAGCCAUACCUAAUAUUACUGGUCUUAUUCUUCCAAAGAUCCCGCCGCUGAGGUCGUACCUGGACAACCACCCUAAUCCGAACGGCGGGAUGUUGGGAGAUGACCCCAAUAUUCUCCCGCAGGAAGACGUCAGUGGACUGGAGACGGACGAUUACCACGCCACCACGGUGAAGGUAUUUAACUUCGCUCAUCCACCACCGCGAGCCUUAGGCGUCAACGACUCUAGGGCCAUCUACUUUACCUUCCAACCACAAGUGGUGAACUCCAAGAUAGUCAGAUCUCAUCUGUGGGUUUACACCCUCCCCACUGCAGUGGCACAUCAUCAAGAUCUCUAUCUGCUCGUAUAUAAACUUCUCCCGCCAGAGAUUCCCGGGGCACCUGUCGCUAAAGUUCGCAUAGGCACCAAGAAGUUCACCCCGCUCCGUAGCACAGGCACCUGGGUUCAUUUAGACGUUAAACGUACCAUUCAGUCCUGGGUUAGAAACCCCACCACCAACUAUGGACUGAUGGUAGAGGCUGUCGACAAUCUGGGGAAAAUAUUGCCCGUUACGCAGCCCGAUGAUGAUGAAGAGAAAGCUUACCUGCCAUUCAUACAAGUCAGAAUCCAGGAGCGAGGCCAAAACCGCAGACGCCGCAUGUUAGGGCUGGAGUGCGACGAAACGUCCAUGGAGGAAAGGUGCUGUCGCUACCCCCUUGUUGUGGACUUUACACAGUUUGGUUGGGAUUGGAUCAUAGCACCUAAGACUUACCGGGCCAACUAUUGCUCUGGGGAGUGUCCCUACGUCUUCCAACAGCGCUAUCUUCACACACACGUGGUACAGCAAGCUAAUCCCAUGGGUUUCGCCGGGCCGUGUUGCACGCCGCUAAAAUUGUCUCAGGUGUCUAUGCUGUAUUUUGAUGAUUCCCAGAAUAUUGUGUAUGGUGUAUUGCCUGGAAUGAAGGUGGAGAGAUGUGGGUGCACUUAGAGUCUUCAUGAGGCUGAGGGCGAGGAAUAACGUCGCUAUUUACUGUGACAGUCCUGACUGGAAAGACAGAAAACAGUCUAGGAUAUUUCUCUAUUCUUAACGUCUAGCAACCUAUAUGUAGCUUGCUAUUUAACACACACACACACACACACACACACACACACACAUUUACAUACAUGUAUACAUCAGCUGGGGUACCUUUAUUUCAUGGUGCCUUCAUUUCGACACGGGAACAAAUGGCGCUGGUUGAUUGAUAACAGGCGGCGCAACCUGGCAAUACACAGAUUCGCCUAAUGUUUACUACUAAGUGAUGACUGGAUGAAUAAGACGCUAAAAGGUAAAAUUAAUUUCCUGACCUGGGCUGCCGAUAUAUUCAAUGUUCGACAUACGUUCGACAACUGUGCGCCUUGGGUUAACUAUCUCCUGGAUGCUAAGUGGGAUGGAUUGCCCUGCACUCCAUUGUGUGCCUGAGUGACGUGUCACCAAUGACAACAGUAUCCAUGUAUAUAUGUUAAUUUUUGUCAACAAAGUGAAGACGACAUUCGAGAUGGUAUGGCUGCCUAAGCGUUGUCAUGAGGGAUGGGUGUUCAAUUGGAUACAGAAAUCCUUAAUAUACAUACAGCUGGUACUGCUGGGACAAGUUGCGAACUGCGUUGAAUUUUUUAGAAAGGGAAACGCAAAAAAAUAAGUGACAAUUUAUUUAAGAAGGUAUAUAUUACGUAUAUACAUAUAUAUAUAUAUAUAUAAACGACAUUAAAAAUUCGCUGAAACCGAUGGAUUGUUGCAGACAUUGAGGCGUUCUGACUGAACGUGUAUUAAAUACACAAUGUGAUCUGAUAGGUCUUUCACCUAUUUACCCCGGUGAUGAUUAAAAUGUGUUAUGGACUGAGAAAAGCCGUGACCUACGUGACGUGGCAUAGAGAGCGUGACAUAAUGCUUGUGACGUAAUGCAAAACAAAUUAAAUGUAAGAAGAAAGGACGGUCCGAUUAUUAGUAGACUAGAUUUACAUAAUCGAAAUUUUAAAAUCAGUUAUGUCAAUUAUUCUUUUUGGCACUUAAAAAUUUCCUAUUGUUUUAUAAUUUAAUAUAUUAUCACUGACAAACAGUCAGAUUGACCGUGCUAUGAAUUCAAUGAUCUCAAUGAGUGAAUGUCUAAAGCCACUGAAUCGAAAAUAUUAAAUAGUGUAUCUUCGCCCAUGGACCUAGCUUUUUCACUCCAGUUGUAGUAUUUACAAGUAAAAACGUGAAAGGAAUGGUUGAGCGUAGACGCCUGAGGUUAGUUUAAUAGUUGAUAGAUAUAAUACACGCCACGCAGAGAGAACCAAUUCUACAAGUAGCUAGCUAAAUAUUAAGGGGGCAGUUACGAGAAUGUUGUCGUUUGUUCAGAGCUUACAGUAGUGAUAUAAAACGAUGACGCAGCUAAAAGGCAUUAGGAUAUUUUGUUGCAUUAUUAUAUUGUUUUAAGAAGGACUGUGUAUAGAAUCAGAAGCACUUCAAGUGGCCAGUUGCUACUCGGGCAAUUUGACUUUGGAUUGUGGAGUAAUACACGAAAUUAGACUCAACGAUGUCGAGGUUUAAAAAUAGUAUUAUGUAUGCAAACGCCUGUUCGCACGAAUACAUAUUAAGUCUGUCAAGCCUAACAAUUGCGAUUGAAGCAACCUGAAAUUGAUAGGUAAACAUAAUUGAUAAGCCUUAAGAUACUAUUUUCAUAAGUCAAACGGGCAACAAAAUAACUUCAGAGAUUUUACUAUUUCAGAAAUAUAGAAAAGGGGAUUCUCAUAUUUGAAAAUAACUAUUGUCAUUAAUUUUCAUUCAACGUGUUCAUUUUGUGAAGUUGCAAUAGGAAAGGUUUUAUUGUCACUUUGGCCCACUAAAGUAUUGGCCGAUCUUCUGGAUCUCUUUCUUUUGUUGAGACAAAGAUGAGUUUUCUCGCCCAAGUGAUGUAUUAUGCAUAUUUUAUAUACAAACUAUGUUUGUGUCAUCACGAGCCAUCCCAUAUGAAAGCAUAAUGUGAUAUUUUCAUGGUUGAGUAAAAUUAUUCGAUGCUCAAUGUCAUACUCUUUUACAUGUAAUGGAAGUAAAAUAAAUCCAUCAUCUUGA